AUGUCUGCUGCUGACAGAAAAGCGGAAAUUGAGCUCAAAAAAGCCAAACUUCGGGCUCUAAGGGAGGAUAAGUUACGUAGGGAAGAGAACCGCAGACAAGCCCUUAGUGGAAAUAAUAGCGGAGCCGGCUCAACAGCCGAUGUACACGUUGAUCCGGAUGCUAUCCUUAAAAUUUUGGGCAUAGAGCCCCUACAAGAACCUGCUGCCUUACAACCAAAUGCGCAAACGGUUGAUGGACACGCCUCGCCGAACAUUCUCGGCCUUCGAACUUCACAUGCACGACGAAAGAAACUCCAAGUUUGUCAGGUCGCAGAAUUUGACAUUAAACCGCUUGCCUCCGAGACUUACGAGAAGGAAAUUCAAACCGCUGAAGCUGAGCCCGAUGAAAAGGUGCUCACCUACGAUGACACGCCAACUGACACUGAUCGUAUGCCAAUCGGUUCGUUUGACGAACCAACGGAACGAGUGGACACGAAAAUGCUGAAAAGCGUUCAUGGAGAGAUACCAAGGCAGCUAACUACUUCAAAUAAGGCAGAACUGGAAGAGCCAGCAUGUAAGUACUUUUUUCUGUUAAAGAAACGCAUAUUCGGUUGUUGUUGUUGUUGGUGUUGUUGUUGUUGUGUGGGAACUUUCGUGUCGCGAGUGCAACAAAGAUACGUUUACCGUAGUCCCCCGUUAUCAAAAAAACAGCCUUGCUUAUUGUGA